CAGGACUGGGAGUGUGAGGGGUGAGGAAGGGGCAGAUCCUAUGAAGAAACACUGAGGACAGAGGGAGGCGUAGAUGUACUGCCCCUGAACAGAGUACAUGCCAGCAUAGUGAGUGUUGAGCACAGUGCUGCGGCAGAGUUUGAGGCACCACUCCAUGGGAUCAGUGGAUGUAAUUUGACUUCUACCUGUGCAUCUUGUGCAGCUGAUCUGCUGCUCCCUGCAGAAGGAGUUCAGAAAACACCCAACGCUUCAAACUGCAUUGUCUCUCCCUCUCCAAACUUUGACCUGUCAAAUCCACGCAGUGUCAACAGCAGGUGUCAACAUGUUGGAGCAGGUUCUGUCAUUUGGCCAAUCCCUGGUGCGCAGGAAAGUGGUGGACCUGAGCACCCUGGAGGACUCAAAGCUGUGCCGCUGUCUGGGAACCGUCGAUCUCAUCGCCCUGGGCGUUGGCAGCACUCUUGGCGCUGGCGUCUACGUCUUAGCCGGUGAGGUGGCCAAGGGGAACUCAGGCCCCAGUAUUGUCAUCUCCUUCCUGAUUGCUGCCCUAGCCUCAGUCAUGGCCGGCCUGUGUUAUGCUGAGUUUGGUGCACGUGUCCCCAAGACUGGCUCAGCAUACCUUUACAGCUACGUGACUGUAGGAGAGAUCUGGGCCUUCAUUACUGGUUGGAACUUAAUCCUCUCCUAUGUGAUUGGUACCUCAUCAGUUGCCAGGGCUUGGAGUGGCACAUUUGAUGAAAUGAUAGGAGGACACAUAGAGGUGUUCUGUAAAACAUACUUCAGUAUGAACUCACCUGGCUUGGCUCAGUACCCUGACUUCUUUGCUGUCUGCCUGAUACUGCUGCUCUCUGGACUUCUGUCGUUUGGGGUGAAGGAGUCAGCCUGGGUCAACAAAGUCUUCACUGCCAUCAACGUGUUGGUUCUCCUGUUCGUCAUCAUCUCCGGCUUUGUCAAAGGAGACGCAUACAACUGGCAGAUUUCUGAAGAGUCCCUUAUAAAUGUCACCAUAAUUACAAGGAAUGUUUCAGUGACGGCCAACAUGAGCAGUGAUUAUGGAGCUGGUGGAUUCAUGCCCUACGGCUUCAGUGGAACCCUGGCUGGAGCUGCCACCUGCUUUUACGCUUUCGUUGGGUUUGACUGCAUUGCAACUACAGGUGAGGAGGUGAAAAACCCUCAGAGAGCCAUUCCCAUCGGCAUCGUGGUGUCGCUGACUGUAUGUUUCUUGGCAUACUUCGGUGUGUCAGCUGCGCUCACACUGAUGAUGCCCUACUACCUGCUGGAUGAGAAGAGCCCUCUGCCCAUGGCCUUUGAAUAUGUGGGCUGGGGUCCUGCGAAAUAUGUGGUGGCUGCAGGUUCACUGUGUGCUCUCUCUACCAGUCUGCUGGGUUCCAUUUUCCCCAUGCCUCGUAUAAUCUAUGCUAUGGCAGAGGAUGGGGUGCUUUUCAAAGGCUUAGCCCGAAUCAAUCCUAAGACGAAGACCCCACUUAUUGCCACUAUGACCUCCGGUGUAGUCGCAGCCAUCAUGGCCUUCCUGUUUGACCUCAAAGCACUGGUUGACAUGAUGUCAAUCGGGACUCUGCUGGCCUACUCACUGGUUGCUGUGUGUGUCUUGAUUCUGAGGUACCAGCCUGAUGGAACCAUGGAGCGGCGAGCAGGCACUGGGGAAAAGGACUUCCUGUCCUCUGAGGAAGGCGAGUCUGACCUAACUGAGUCAGAGUCCCACCUUAACAUGCUGAAGGGUGGCAGCUCCAGCCUGCAGACUGUCCUGCACCCUCCUGCCUCCCCCUCUGAAAGUUCUUCCAGUGUGGUCAACACGUUCGUCUGUGUGCUAGUGCUGUUGGUGUGUGUGAUGAGCUAUCUCACCACGUACCACAUCGGCUCCAUCCUUGCCAUGGAGGUUUGGAUCCUAGCACUGCUGACCCUAUGUCUCCUCAUCUUCAGCAGCUGCGUCUACAUGAUCUGCAGGCAGCCUCAGACAAGCAAGAAGGUCUCCUUCAUGGUACCUCUUCUACCUUUUUUGCCCAUUCUGAGUAUAUUUGUUAACAUUUACCUCAUGGUCCAGCUGAGUGGAGAUACUUGGAUACGUUUCUCUGUGUGGAUGGCUGUAGGCUUCCUGAUCUACUUCGGCUACGGCAUGUGGCACAGUUUGGAGCGUCAGCGUCAACUCCAGGGUCCUUCAAACAGCAGCAGUAAAAAGGAAAACAAAAAGACCAGCAGGGAGCAGCAGGCUGGUAUGGAUGCAGUCGAAAAGGACCAGGAGCGUUUCAUCUGCCCAGAGAAGACCAGCCAGUGUUAAGGUCCAGCGGCUCAGUCACUGAAUCUGUGAGGCCACAGAUGCAUAAAAGCACACAGAACUCUGCCUUGAUGCACCUGUUUAUACAGCCUCACCACAUGUGCCUCAGUCACAAGCCAACUCAGCCUGCAAAGGCAGUGUCAGUAUUCUGUAUGAGCGGCCACAUGACUGGGAGCUGCUCUAUCACUUCUAUGGAACCACAUUGUGUGUUGAGCUUUAUGGACAGCAUGGAGGCAGAAAUGAAUGGACAGGUAACACACUGGAGAGUGAUGUUCAUUCCCUUAACAAUGAAGCAGUUAAUUCAAGGACUGCAGCAAAGGUUUUUUGUGUCUCGUUGUAGACUUGAGUUGUUAGUGCAUGACAAACAUACUGUCUUUUAUACUUUUUAAAGUGAUCUUGUACAGAUGAUUUUCUAAAUGCAAGAAUGAGUCUUAGAAAUCUGUGUUAUCCAUUUAAUGAUGUGAUUAGAUCUGGAUCCAACAAUUAUGUAUUAGUUUAAGUAAAUGUUGUAUAACUUAGUGGUGAAAGCACUCGUUGAUCUUUGACCAAUGUGAGAGAGAACCAGCAUGUGGAUAAAGAUAUGUUGUCAACUACGGAGGCCUUAAGAGGACAUGGGUUCAUGUAUUUUAUUUUACUCUGUUUUCCCGUAUUAAGAAGUAAUUUCCAGUUGUUUUCCUCUGGAUCUAGACUUAUUUAGCUCGUUGUCUGCUGCAUUUUCCUGUGUUAAAUGUUCAUUUUUCUGGCAUUUUAUUUUCUGGGGAUCUCGAGAAAUGAACUCGUUGUCACAGUAAAACCUGCACUGGUGACAACAUCAGAGCUCAGUCAAAUCUGGAGUAAACAACUGGAAAUGACUUCUGAUCAAUGGAAAAAAGAGUAAAAUAAAAUGUAUAGAUGCAUAUCUGCAUAGGGCUUCUGUUGUCGAUCAUAAAGUUGAAAUAUAUUUUUAAACAACAGUUUUAUAUGCCUGCACAUCAAAUUGUGAUACCAGGACGAUUCUACCACAUUAAGGCCAAUGUACAAUAUCUCAUUUUGCUGGCACUUAAAUCAUGACUCAAUGUCUCUCUCCCUGAGAGUAGGCUUAGUGUUCUUUGCAUGUUUCAGGUUUCUGUAGUUUCUAUGUAACAAGUCAUAUCCCUUUUAAGUGAAGAAUCACAAACUGUUGUUGUGGUUCAUUCAGCACAGGUUUAUUUUUCUAUUAUUUCUCUUUUGUGUGUUUAAUCUCUGAGCUGUUACAAUAGACACAUAGACUAUUAUCUGAUGUAAAAAUUUUGCUCAAACAGUAUUUGGAUUAUGUAUGUUGCUGUAUUUACACAUUUUGUCUGAUAGUUUGUGCUUUUUUUGUUGCAAAGAUGUGGUUAAUACAGCCUUCAUGAAAUGAGUAUGAGUACACUGUUACCUAACACGGUGUACAAAAAUAAAAACAAGUCUUUAUUGCCACGUAGUUUAGAUGAACUUGGCAUGUAAGUCAACGUUACGUUCUUUCCUCUGGGCUUUUUGACGGCCCCCCCUUUCUGUCUUUUACUACGACUUGUGAGGCUCAGUGAGCUGUAGUUUUAAGUAGAAACUAGUUUCUUGUCUGACUUGUCACCCUUACCAUCAGUGUUUUACACCAUCUGAUGUGAUUUAAUCCAACACUCUCAAUAGUCAUUUUCAAUGACUUUAGGGCUUAAGGUAGUUAAAGCUGAUAGAUGCAUUCCUGGGUUUAAUAGAAUGUGGAACAAACUCAAAAGAGUCCCAACAGGAGUUAAGUAUUUUACUAUACUUACUUACUAGAGUUGAUCAGUUAGGUUAGAGGAUAAAGUAAAAAGAAGUAACUUUUAUGUCAUGUUGUUUGUUCACUUGUGACUAACUGCUGCCUGGACUGAAACAAUAAAUGUAUUUUCAAGUAAGAAGUAAUUAGUUGUUUAUUACUUAAUUGAUAUAUCUGGAAACCGUAAGAGCUAAAGCCAGUGACAUCUGUUGGACAGUUUGAGAUGACGCCACCAUGUGGCUAAAAAAAGUUUUUUUUCAUUCUUCUGACCUGUAACUAUAUUUCUUUUUUUUGUUUUUCUGCAUACCUUUCAGUCCAUUCAAAUGACAUUCACACACUGGUGGAGGAAAUAAACAAAUACAAGUAUUA